AAUUGCAUCAUAAUUAAUAUAAAGGUCAUUAUGGGAUUGUCUAAAUAUGUACUGUCAGUAGAGCCCCAUAGUUGCAUUGAUAUUUCUACAGACCUUUUAGGCUUAGGAGUCUAGGCAACCACAUUGUUACUUCACUAUCUGAAAUAGAAUAGUUUAGACAGAAACCUGACAAAAUGCUUAUAAAUCAAAGUUAUCUAUAAGUAUUCAUUUGGAUCUAUUUGAAAACCGAUCCCUUAUAGCACUGAUAAGAGCUGAAACCAUGUCGUUGGUGUGAACAAGAACUUUAUUGUGGGCUAUCCACAAUCUACCAUGCAAGGCUUUGGGCUCUAGAAAACUUUCAGCAUACCUGCCUACCUAUAUAUACUAUAAAACUUUACUACAGUCGUAUUAACUUUAAAAUUGUGAAGAAAAAUAUUAAAAAAAUGGAGGACAGUUUGAUGAAAAUGUAAUUAAUCUAUUAAUUAAAUAAUUAAUCAAAACAAAGGGGGUAAAUAGUUUUGAAAGAAAAAUAAUCCACCUUUUGUGCUAAAAAAAACAAACAUUUCUUUUUUUAGAGGCAAGUGUCUAGAUCAUUUAAUUUAAAAUUUGUAAAAUUUUAAUUAAUAUAUAAUAAAAAAAAAAUAAUUUUUAAAUUAUGAUGGUUGCCUUAUUUUCUAGUGAAUUCCAUUUUUAAUAGCAAUUUGUUUUUUCUUCUUUUAGAAUCUUUUUUUUUUUAAAUAUAUGAAUUAUUUUCUAAGCCGAUAGACAUAAAUAACGUCUAUGCUUUAUGUUGCUUAGAUCUCAAUGAUCAAACUGGAUGUUCUCAUACAAUUUCAGUAGAUGUUUCCAAAAAAAAAAAGACCAAAAAAAAAAAAAAAUACUAAAACGUUGUUAACUUAUCAAUUAUAAAGAACAGAAGUUACAGUAACUCAUAAAAAAUUAUAAAUAAUGAAUCUAAUUCCUUAUGUUUCAAACCCAAAGCCUGCUUCAUAUUACCCUACUGCCACUUUUACCCCGUGUAAAAUGAAAUGAAUGAUUUUAGUAUUUUCUUUCCGGAGCGACUUUUUAUUUCUGUAUGCUAGAAAUUAGGUUUUUCAACCACAGUGCAUGUGAUUUGCUAAAUGGGCAGAACUCAAUAUACAGAUAUAUAUUAUCAUUAUAUACACCAUAUGGCUUGCUUUCUCAAGGUCUGUCACUCUUCAUAUAGAAGACUUGGCUUUUCUGUAUAUAAUGUAUGUAAAACAUAGCGUUCAACUUCUUUCUUUGAAAUACUAGAUUUUUCACGGCCAUCACCAUAAAAAAGCUUGAACGAAAAAAAAAUGAAAACAAAAAAAAAAAAUAUAUAGUUUUCAUAUUAUUGUGAGUUCAGUAUCAUUUUGGCUGUUUUUUAAAGGCAUUUGACUUCUUAUUUAUUUCUGUUGAUAUAUUUAGUUUACACUCUGUAUUUAGCAUCCAUUAUGUAAUGCGAUAAUUGGCAUAAUAUGCAUUUAUAUGAUUUGUUUUCCUUUUUACUGUUUUUAUUACUUAGUACAACUUAUUUAGUUUUCAUAAUGUGCAAUUUUAGAUGGCCUCAGACUAAUGUAAAAUGAUUUGUAGUGGAAACAUUUAUA